AUUGCUACAAUCGCUGUUGCCCUUCAAUGAAGUUUGGAAUUUAAGGAAUUCAGGAGAAUCUAAUCUAAGAGCAUUUCUAAAGGGACAACGUUAGAGAAGAUUAGGAAGCAUAGAAAGCCAUGGCGAAGAAAACACAACGUCGUGCUGCUGCUCGACAGGAGAGGGAACAGUUAGGGUGCAUGUGGGGAUUUAUGAAUAUGUUUAAUUUCCGCCAUGGACCACUGGCUCACAAGCUGCUUCUCGACCAAAAGCAUGCUGCUGGAAAACAUAGGAACGAUGAGCUUGACAAGUCCAAAUUCCGCGAAAAGGAUGCUCAAGAAGCCCAUGUUGGUGAAGAACGCAAUAUCACGAUAACGAUUAUAAAACCAAGUGUGAAAAAGCUCAUAGCAGAAGAGUUGUCCAUUGACAAGGAAAUCAAGAAGCAGAGGGAGAAUGCUGAAGCAGGACAGUUGUCAGACUCUGAACUUGAAGGAAGAAGAAGGAAAAACCAGAGGAGAAAAAACAAGACACGCAAGAAAAGCUGCGAUAAUUUUAGCCAUAUUAACUUAGUUGACAGUGAAGAGCCUCAAGUUCAACGCAGAAAUCAUAGGUCUGCAAGGAGUGUUGACAUUGAUAAUAUGAUUGAAGAGUUCUAUUCUGAGAUUCAUCGCAGAAGUACAAGCCGUGCAAAGAAUGACGAAGAUUACAAAGAAAAACUGAGGGAGUUGGUCAAGUUUUUAAUUAGUCAGAAGCUUUUACAUGGGAACCGUCCCAGAGGAAAUAGUGAAAUCCUUACGUCUAAGGAUUUGAUGGAAGUGUUUCAAAUUCUGGGAUCGGAUGAAGAAUUGUUUCUCAAACUUCUGCAAGAUCCAGAGAUACUCGUGCCAAGGGAGAAAGGAGCAGAAAGCUUGAGCUUGUUUGAUUCAGAACAAUCUUCUCUUGCUGAUAAAAAAUGGUCUAGCUUUUUCAGGAGGAAAGAUGCACCACAAGAAGAAUGUGAAGCUUCUGACCGGAUUUUCAUUCUAAAGCCAAGAUCAGCAAGCUUUUCAAGCCCGGACAUAGGAAAUAGUCAUGGUUCGUCACCUGAUUCUCAUCUGAUGGGAAACAAAUUGCAGAACGAGAGAAACAGUUCACAUUUCUUUCUUUCUGAGAUCAAGAGGAAGCUGAAACAUGCAAUUAAAAAGGAGCAACCGGCCGGGGGAUUUGGGGAAGGGUUUCCUAAAACUAAAGAUCAUUUCUUUCUCGAGCGGAUGGCAAAGCCUUCAACAUCUCAGAAGAAAUCUCAUAAUGAAGAUGAUAAAAAGCAAAGGGUAUCCAACAUUUACAUAGAGGCCAAGAAACAUCUGUCUGAGAUGUUAAAUAAUGGAGAUCCUGAUUCGAAGUCAACGAGCAGACAGGUUCAAAGAAGCCUAGGGAGAAUUCUCUCCUUUCCUGAGUACUUGUCUCCUCUAAACAGCCCAGGAAGAAGAUGGGAAAAGAGCUCAACUGCUCACAAGAAGUCUGCUUCAGCGGAUUUCAUAAAUCUUGUGAACAACAAGAAAGAAACUCAUGCGAGCCAACCAGGGGAAAAUGCUGAUAUUCAGGUCUGCAAUCUAAGCGAAAAACCUGACGAUUCUAUCCAACCAACGGCAACUGAACCUACUGAGAAAAGUGUUGACAUUGAGGAUGAAACUGCUAACGAAGAUAAAAUGUCUUCUGCAGGUUCUGCAGAUGAUGUAAUGAUUCUCAAUGAGAUAGAUGUAGUUCCAGAGGAAGCAAGCUCUACUUUGAUUGGUGACUUGUGCAAAGUAGAAGCUCAUGAUGAACAGAGAGAUGGUAUAAUCUCAAAACAGACCUCUCAUGAAGAGAGCCAACCACCACUGUCUUCCUCUGUGGCCUCACCAUCUCACUGUUUAGCUAAAACUGAGGAGUGCAAAUCAGCUAAUACCGAUUUUCCGGAGUGGUCAAGCCCAAUAUCAGUUCUUGAGCCACUCUUCGUUGAAGAUGAUAUAAGCCCAGCAAAAAUGCGAUCUCAGUCUGGUGAAGCAGAGGUGCAACCUUGGUGUAUCCACUUCGAUGAAAAAGAUCCUGUAACCAAAAACCGAGAGAAUUCUGUCACAAGUGACAAAGAAUUGGUGUUUAAGUAUGUAAAAGCUGUCUUGGACGCAGUAGACUCAGACUUUGAAGAGCUCUAUCUGAAGGCGCAAUUCUCUGACCAGCUUCUGGAACCGGCACUUAUCAGCAAUAUACCGUUCUGUCCAAAUCAGCUUUGCCCUGACCAUGAGCUCCUCUUUGACUGCAUCAAUGAAGCUCUCAUGGAGUUAUGCUGUUGCCCACCUUGGGCUUCGUUUGUUACACCAAGAACCAGAGUCUUCUGUACCGUCAAAAGCAUCAUUCAUGAGGUUCAAGAAGCGGUUUACUGGCAUCUCUUGCCAUUGCCACUCCCUCACGCCUUGGAUCAGAUAGUUAGAAAAGAUAUGGCUAGAGCUGGAAACUGGUUAGACAUCAGAUGUGACAUUGACUGCAUUGGUUUUGAAACUAGUGAACUGAUUCUCGACGAGUUACUCGAAGAGCUCACUCUCAACUCUCUCAACAACACUGAGCACUCACUGGUUUCACCUGAGUUGAAGACCGAUGAGAGAGCAUCCUUAUUUUAUAAAGGUCUUGAAAGCUGAAAACUCUUUUCUUAAAGACAAAGCCAUACAGCUGCAAGCUCUGAACAUAACUUUUACCAUUGCUAAUUUUUUAGCACAGAACCAUGUAGAUACUUUGUAUUACUCAGACAAUAACCUCACAGAGCUCCGGUCUGAUCAGAAACUACUGAGAGGGAGUGGGAGGAAAAUAAGAUCGUCCUUUCAAG